AUGUAUACCAAUAACAAUCUUACACACACUACUACAUCAACUCCUCCAAUAUCGUUCAAUUCAUCAUUAACACCAUUACCACAUCUCUAUCCUACUCCACAAAGUCAAACAUCAACACCAUCUUGUGCUCCAUUUUUAUCAUCAGAAUUGCAUAAUACUGCACCAUCAUUUCAACAGGAGUAUCAACAUCUAUAUUCACAUCAACUUCAAUCACAAUUACUGACACCAGAUGAAUGGGACUUGAUUUUAACACUAAGAAUGAUGAAAACGUUAAAUGUUUUACCAUCAUUUCAACCAUCAACUUCUUCAUUAUAUCGACAUGCAGGUGAUUUAACAUCAUAUAAACCAACUUCUUCAUCCUAUCACACUGGUCACCAGUUACCAGCACCAACAUCUUAUACAACAGCAGCAGAAGCAUUAACAACAUCUUCAUGUUAUAAUGAAACAUCGUCAGUUCAUCCAUAUGCAGUAUCUACAACAGCUUCUUCAUCACUAUUACUACUUACAACAGCCUUUUCAUCAACAGCACCACUUAUAACAGCUGCUUCAUCAUCACCACUACUUGCAGUAGUCUCUUCAUCAUCGGCACCAUAUGCAACAACUAUUUCAUCGUUGCCACCAUAUACAACAGCUCCUUCAUUAUCAUCACCAUAUACAACAGCUUCUUCAUCAUCACCGUCAACAGCUCUGAUAUUACAAGAAUUUGAUCUAAUACUUUCACCUCCAAUACAAGAAGUCCAUCCAAAUGAUUCGUCUAUAUCACAAUUAAAGCUGCAUUCUCCUACUUCAUCACCAGUAAACUUUAUGUCACCAAUACAACAACAAAAAUCUCCAAAUCAAUAUUCAUCAGCUGUUUCUCAACAAACUCAAUCAGUUUAUUCACAUGCAUCAACAACGUAUCAAUAUGAUUCAUUAAUGACAGGACUAAUAGUUCAAUUACUUGAUCCAACAAAACCAUAUAAAAUUGGAGAUACAAUCAAAGUUGGUGAACGUACUUUACAAUCGGACAUAGAAUCAAUAAAAUAUUGGAUUGAAGAUGAUAUAACCAUUACAGAAACAACAAAUGGAGGGCACAUAUUGAAUAUGGCUGGAUAUUCUUAUUUCAGAAAAAAUUCUGGUAAAAACUUUACCACCUGGGAAUGUGAAUAUCGACGUAGAAAACACUGUUUAUCAAUAGUCAUUCGAUCAUCAGAUCCAACAAUAAAAAAUUAUUUUCGAAUACAUUCCAUUCAAGGUGAACAUAUCCAUCAUCCAACACCAGAAAACAUCGAAAUUCGUCUAUUUAAACAACGUGUUCGAGAUCGUUGCCGCCAAGAGUUAUCUUGUCCACGAACAAUUUACGAACAUGAAUUACAGAAAGGAAAAUACUCAGGAGAGAUGUUAGCACUUUUACCAACAUUUUAUAACAUGCAGGCUCAGUUAUAUCGUAUUCGUCAAGAACAUUUACCAGCAUCACCAACUGAUCCAAACUUUCAAUUACACCCAGGGUUUACAACCACAGACCAAGGGAAAAGAUUUUUAUUGUAUGAUUCAAAUACUAGUCAAGCACCAUAUGUAUCAGCACCAUCCGAAGUGGGUCGUUUAUUAAUCUAUUCCAGUGAUCUACAGUUGUUUAUUUUAUCAAAAUCAAAGCAAAUUGGUAGUGAUGGGACGUUUGAAACAGCUGCACAAAUAAGUUAUCAGAAUUAUAUAAUAAUGGGUGAAUAUGAAGAAAAACAUCCUGUACCAUUAGUUUUUUGUUUAUGCGAACAUAAAACCUAUGAAACUUAUAAACUAAUUAUACAAGUAUUAAAAACAGCUUUUGGAAAUUUAAAAUUGGACUGGAAUCCAAUAUACUGGAUGAGUGAUUAUGAAGAUGCAUUAACAAAAGCUAUCACAGAAGAAUUACCAAAUACGCAACUACUUGGAUGUAAUUUUCAUUAUUAUCAGGCUAUAUACAGAAAUAUUCAAAAUAAAGGUUUGCAAGAUGCAUAUCAAAAUGCUGAAACAGUACGUCAAAUUCUUCGUCAUAUUAUGGCUUUAGCAUUUAUACCACAUGAUCAGAUUUGCACAGUAUAUUAUGAUAUUAUUAAACCAGAAUUAAACGAUGUUCCAACUAAACCAGCAUCUCUUCGUCAAAGUUUACGUACUUUUUUCAAGUAUUACGAAUCACAUUGGUUAACAAAAAUUAAUAAAUUUUGUGUAUUUGAUCAACCAACACGAACCAAUAACAGUUUAGAAGGUUACAACAACAAGAUGAAUUUUCAAUUAUCGACUCAUCCACAUCUUUAUCGUCUUAUUCUAUGGUUUGAAAAAGAAGAAUUAUUAGUACAGCAAUUAGUAUCAAAAGUUAAUUCAGAUCAACAAGUACAUAAGAGAAAACAAUCUGCAAUAACAAUUCUUAUUAAUGACUCAUUACAGACAUUAUGGGAUAGUUAUAAUGCUGGAAAACUUACUACGAAAGAAUUGUUAUUGGAAUCUUCAAGAUGGAUAGCAAAAAAAGCUUCAUAA